AUGAAUAACAAUAUAACACCUACCAAAAAUGAUUAUUAUAACGUACCUUCGAGUCCAGUUUUCAAUCGUGUGAAAGUUAAAAAGAUGAUAAAUGAAUCACCAUCCUUAUUUAAUAAGAAACAAAAAGUUGUUGAAGAUUUAGCUAGCAACAAAAUUCAGUCCGAAAUAAGCACUCAUGAGAAAAAUGCAACAAAUAUUUCAAAUGAAAUAUCUUGUGAUAAAUUGGAACAAACACAUGAUAAUAAACAAAAGAAAUAUAUGCUUUAUUCAGAGAAAUCUAAAAAGAAUAAUAGUCGAGAUAAGAUCAGUAUUAAGAAAAACAUUUUAUCAUAUGCAAAAUGCUUAGAGAGUUUAAAUAAGACUGAAAGACAAUCAAGAAUGAAAGCCAAACAAUUACUAUCUCAAGGACUUCAAACAUUUUCUGCUAUUGAAAAUAUUGAACAAACAUCUCAAAGUAAAGAAUUAACCUUAAGUAGUUCUUUAACGGAUAGUGAGCUUAUAACAGCAAAUGAUCUAUUGCAAGAUUUUGAAACAAAAGCUAUAGAUUUCAGCCAAUGGACAGGUAAUACAGAAUUUAUGCAUACAUCGCCAAAAUCAUGUAUUUUUCAAGAACAAACUAACAAUGAAAAAAACAAUAUUUCAAAAAAGAACUGUGCUGAAUUAAAUUUAGGUAUUUUAGAAAAUGAAGCAGACUUGGCCGACUUUAAUGGUUUUGAAUUACAGGAAAAAUUAAGUGAUUUUGCACUUAAAAAACAUAUAUUUACUUUAUUACCAUACACGAAAACUAGAAACUGUUUUAGUGAAAAUUCAGGCAUCAAAAACAAAAGCACCUUAUUAAUAAAUCCCAGUAAAAAUGAACAAAUAAACCAGCUCAAACCUGAUGAAUGCAUAGAUAAAUUUACAGGUUUAGAUAAAAUUGAAAAUGAUACUGCAAAUUUAUUGAGUCUCAAGAUUUUUAAUAACACUUGCUUGAAACAAAAGAUUUCAAAAGAAAGUGAUCAGAUAACAAAUUCAGCCAGUUUGGAAAAUCAUAAAUCUAGUGAACAUGGAAAUAUUACAGAAUCUGAUGCAGAUAAUAUUUCUGUAAAUUCUAAUAAACUGUUUGAAUUUAAGGAAUCCCUGGCUGAUGGAAGUGAUAUUGGCCUUGGAAUUAAUAACUCUGGAUUUGUUGGUUUUCAAUCAGCUAGUGGCAAACACAUAAAAAUCUCAAAGAAAGCUUUAACAAAAUCCAAAAAAUUAUUUGAGGAUAAUGAUUCCUCAGACAACAUAAUUCCUAUUAGUAGUGAACAAGUAUGCCUAAGCAAUGAACAAAGGAAGAAAAAAUACAUCCCAGAGAAUAAUGAAAUACCAGCUAAUUCAAAUGAAUUUAGAAUCCAAUCAGUAAAUAUGAUGGCAAAAUUGCAACAUAUUUUAGAAAAAUCUAAAGACAACGAAUUUUUAGAUAAGGAUGAAAAUUAUACUAAAAACCAAAAUUGUCCUUUCAUAGGUUUUCGAUCUGGUAGUGGUAAAACAAUUCCCAUUUCUCAAAAUGCUCUAGAAAAAUCCAGAAAACUUUUUGAGGACGAUGAAAUUUCAGCUAAAGAUGAAAACUCUACCAAAGAAAGAGACAAAAUUUGUCCUUUUGUUGGUUUUCACACAGGUAGUGGUAAACAGAUUCCGAUUUCACAAAAUGCUUUAACAAAAUGUAGAAAACUCUUUGAAGACAAUGAAGUUGCUGAUAAAGAAUAUGAAAACUGUACUAAAGAAGCAAAUAGGGACAAAAUUAGUUCUUUUGUUGGUUUCCAGUCUGGUAGCGGUAAACAGAUUCCCAUUUCACAAAAUGCUUUAGCAAAAUCUAGAAAACUCUUUGAGGACAGUGAAAUUUCUGAUAAAGAAUAUGAAAAUUUUACCAAAGAAGCAAAUGGGGAAAAUUACAAUGAUUUAUCGGAUAAAGGUGAAAAUUAUACUAAAGAAGUAAAUAAGGACAAAGUUUCUCAUUUUGUUGGUUUUGAAUCUGGUAGAGGUAAACAGAUUCCAAUUUCACAAAGUGCUUUAGAGAAAUCCAAAACACUUUUUCAAGACAAUGAAAUUUCAGAUGAAGAAUAUGCAAAUUGCACUAAAGAAGACAAAGAAUUUUCAGACAAAGAUAAAAAUUGUACUAAAGGAGAAGAUAGAGCCAAAAAUUGUCCCUUUAUAGGUUUCCAAUCUGCUAGUGGUAAAAAGAUUCAGAUUUCACAAAAUGCUUUAGAGAAAUCCAGAAAACUUUUUCUUGAUGAUGAAUUAUCAGAUGAAGGUGAAAAUUGUUUCCAGUCUAGUGAUGAAGCAAAUUGGAACAAAAUUAGUCCUUAUGUUGGUUUCCAGUCUGGUAGUGGUAAAAAGAUUCCAAUUUCACAAAAUGCUUUAGAAAAAUCCAGAAAACUCUUUCAAGACAAUGAAAUUUCUGAUAAUGAAUAUGAAAAUUGUACUAAAGGACCAAAUAGGGACAACAAUUGUCCUUUAUAUUUUCAGUCUGGUAGUGGUAAAAAGAUUCAGAUUUCACAAAAUGCUUUAGAAAAAUCCAGAAAACUCUUUCAAGACGAUGAUUUAUUAGAUAAAUGUGAAAAUUAUACUAAAGAAGUAAAUAAGGACAAAAUUGUUACUUGUUGGUUUUCAAGUGGUAAACAGAUACCAAUUUCACAAAGUGCUUUAGAGAAAUCCGAAAGACUUUUUCAAGACAAUGAAAUUUCAGAUAAAGAAUAUGAAACAUGUACUAAAGAAGUAGAUGGAGUCAAAAUUAAUACCUUCAUGGGUUUUCAAUCUGGUAGUGGUAAACAGAUUUCGAUUUCACAAAGUGCUUUAGAAAAAUCUAGAAAACUUUUUCAAGAUGAUGAAUUUUCAGAUAAAGGUGAAAGUUGUACUAAAGAAGUAGAUAGGCGCAAAAUUAGUACUUUCAUGGGUUUCCAGUCUGGUAGCGGUAAAAAGAUUCAGAUUUCACAAAAUGCUUUAGAGAAAUCGAGAAAACUCUUUCAAGACAAUGAAUUAUCAGAUAAAUGUGAAAAUUAUACUAAAGAAGUAAAUAGGGACAAAAUUUAUCCUUUUGUUGGUUUUCAAUCUGGUAGCGGUAAACAAAUACCAAUUUCACAAAGUGCUUUAGAAAAAUCUAAAAGACUUCUUCAAGACAAUGAAAUUUCAGAUAAAGAAUAUGAAAAUUGUAUUAAAAAAGUAGAUAGAGACAAAAUUAGUACUUUCAUGGGUUUUCAAUCUGGUAGUGGUAAAACUAUUCCAAUUUCACAAAGUGCUUUAGAAAAAUCCAAAAAACUUUUCGAGGACAAUGAAAUUUUAGAUAAAGAUUUAGAAAACUCUACUAAAGAAGUAGAUAGAGGCAAAAAUAGUUCUAUUAAAGGAUUUCAAUCUGGUAGUGGUAAACAGAUUCCGAUUUCACAAAGUGCUUUAGAAAAAUCUAGAAAACUUUUUCAAGAUGAUGAAUUUUCAGAUAAAGGUGAAAGUUGUACUAAAGAAGUAUCUAUAGAUAGAGAAAAAAUUUGUUCUUUUAAAGGUUUUCAGUCUGGUAGUGGUAAACAGAUACCAAUUUCAGAAAUUGCUUUAGAGAAAUCCAGAAAACUCUUUCAAGACGAUGAAAUUUCAGAUGAAGGUGAAAAUUAUACUAAAGAAUUAAAUAGGGACAAAAUAGGUAUUUUUGAUGGAUUUCAAUCUGGUAAUGAUGAUUCACAAAAAUAUUUAGAGAAAACCAGUAUACUAUUAGAUGGUUUUGAAAUUUCAGCUAAAGAUUCUAAAAGAUACCCUGAAGAUGCUGAUGUAAAUUUAAAUCGUGGGCUGAAAACAAAUAGGAAAUUAUUUGAAACUGAUAUAUCAUCUUCAAAAAAAUGUAAAAAUAGUUCAGUUGAAUCUUCAGAGAAAUUUCAUAAUUGUCGCAAUUCCAAACGCAAAUUUUCAAGAAUCGAUGAUGAUAAAGUAUUGGAGUCGAAUGAAUAUAAGGAAUCUAACAUACAGACUAUUUUAUUAGAAAAAAAUAAAGCAAGAGAUAUUACUGAUAAGGAACAUAUUGAAUCAAAAGUGAUUUGGAAAUUUAAUAAUAUAAGUUCAUCUAGCAAUAAUGAGUUUCAUGAUGGAAAAAUUCAACAGGAUACGGAUUUAUAUGAUAAACAACCUUUAUCACCUAUUUUAAUGAAAAAACCUAUUUCUGUAAAUAAAGCUCCAAAAUCAGAUGGUAAAUUUUUUGAUAAAAUAAUAAAAAAAACAAAUAAUGAUAUUAGCACUUAUAAUAUAGAUAAUGUUAGUAUAUCCCAGGAAAUUAAAGAGAGUACAUCUGCUUUAAUGGCAGACGAAAUGUCUUUUAUAGAUGAUUCAAUUUUCAAAGGCUCAAUAGUAACAAGUCCUUCAAGUUUUCUGAAUGAUGUAUCAAAUACUCUACAACCUGUUCUAAUCAACGCUGAUGCAACACAGAAUGAGUUGCAAAUUCAGCAGUGUACUACUUUUAAUAAGAAUCUUGGAGCAAGAGAUUUAUUCAAAAAGAAACCAGAGGACAAAACGAAAGAACGAAAUUUGAAUAAUCAAAUAAAUAAAUCAACUGAAGCACUACAAUCAAAAUUCAAAAUACCUUUAAAGCCUGGAUUAAAUAAAGUUGUUGAUAAUUCGUUAAAACGAUGUGCAGUUGAUAUGGAUUUAGAUUAUUCUGUACCAUUUGCAAAGAAAAAUAAAGAAGUAGAAUUUGAAAAUAAUUCAAUUGACAUAGAAAUGAUUCUAUUUAAUACCCAAAUCAUAUCAAAAAUAGAUGAAAGGAUAGUUUCUGAAGAUGUUUGUACUAUGAGAAACAUGAGUUAUGAAAAACAAAAAAUGAGGAUCAAACAUAUUAAAAGGAGAAAAAUUGAUUGCAAACCUUUGAGAGGAUCUAGUUUAACAAAUAAAAUUGGAUCUACUGAUCGCGUAUCAUGGUUUAAGCACACUGAUGGUGCAGUACCACAAAGCUAUGAUCGUGAUACAUUAUUAUACAAAUUUCACUUGAAAAAAAAUAUUAUUGAUGUAUCUAUACAAAAUAUAGAUAAUUUUAUCUUCAGUGCUUGGGAUUAUUACAGUAAUGCUACUUGUAAAACUAAUACAUCUGGCAUAGAAUGCGGAGAUGGAGCAAUAUUAAUUCUUGAUGAAAACAGCAAUAUCACUCAAGAAAGAAUAGUGACAAGUUUUCUAACAAGUCCAGGAGUUGAUUCAAAUAUUAUUAACGACACUUGGGUCAAGAAUCAUAUCAAAUGGAUAAUUUUGAAACUUGCUUCCAUGGAAAGAAGUUUUCCUAAUUUAUUUGCGAAUAAAGCAUGCACUCCCCACAAUCUAAUGCUUCAGUUGAAGUACAGAUAUGAUAGAGAAGUAGAUGAAGCUGAAAAAUCUUGUCUUAAAAAGAUUCUCCAAACUGAUGACACACCAUCGAAACCAAUGGUAUUGUACUGUGCUGAUAUAUAUAAACUUGAUAAGUUUUCUGGAUUUUCUAAAGCAUUUUGUGAAAUUGGAAUCUUUUUACCACUACCAGACUGGAAACCAACAUAA